CGACCAUGAUCAAACCGUUGGAUAGACAAGAAUUUAUUCAACAGUCGCGGCGAAGACUGGAAGCGCUUGCGAUCUAUAAUGAGUCCCACUUUCACGUCGGGAAAGAUGAAGAAAAUGUAUCCAAUGGUAAGGGAAUGUCUGAAGGAAUUUCUCGACCACUUGGAAGUGUACGCCAAAGACAGGAAAGACAUAAACCUAAAGGAAAUGCACGGCAACUAUACGAUGGAUGUGAUCGCCACGUGUGCCUUCUCUACCAAAACCAAUUCACACAAAAACCCUAACAAUCCCUUCACGACAAACGCCAAGAAGAUAUUCGCCUUUCCUUUGCAUAGAUUUCUUCUUUUUGUUUUUAUGCCAAAAGUUUUGCGAAAGUUUUUUGGAUUCAAUUUUAUUAGUGAGGAAAGCGUUAAUCAAUUCUUCUUUGAUAUAACAAAACAACGAAUAGACGAAAGAAGAGCUAAACAAACCUCUAAUAAGUCUUAUAAUGAUUUCAUACAACUUCUUGUGGACGCGAAUAACAAUAAGGAAGAGAUUUACGACAACGACAAUGAUAUCGACGAAUCACAUCACGUGAAUGAAGGAGAGGAAGAGAGGGCUGUGGAGAAGAAGACAUUAUCGAUAAACAUAGGGAAUAAACAGAUGAGUGAAGACGAGAUGAAAGCUCAGGGAUGGAUAUUCUUCAUCGCAGGUUAUGAGACAACGGCAACCACUUUGACGUUCUGUUCGUAUGAAUUGGCACUCAAUCCACACAUUCAGCAAAGACUCUAUGAAGAGGUCGAGUCCGCCGUCGACUCCAACGGAGAGAUUAGUUAUGAAGUGUUGGCAAAACUUCCACUUUUGGACGCAAUCCUUUCCGAAACCCUACGCCUGUAUCCACCGGUUCCUCGACUCGAUAGGGAAGCGCAGACCGAAUAUAAAGUGGGCGACACUGGCCUACAGUUAUAUGCGGGACAAACAGUUGAGAUUCCGGUCUAUGCUAUCCAUCAUUCAGAAGAGUUCUACCCGAAUGCACACAAAUUUGACCCUGAUCGAUUUAUGCCUGAAAACAGACACAAAAUCAUUCCCUAUACAUACCUACCCUUCGGCGCCGGUCCUCGUAAUUGCAUUGGUAUGCGGUUUGCGUUAAUGGAGGCUAAGUUAGGGUUGGCUCAGAUCGUACGCCGGUAUCGCUUCUUCCGAUCGGCACAAACAGCAGUUCCCCUCCAAUUCAGACCAAUCAGUCGUCUAUUGGCCGCCAAAGAAGUUGUGGUCGGAAUUGAAAAGAGAUAA